UGAGAGGCACCUAACUGUGGGGCUAUCACAAGGACCCAACAACAAUAUGAACCGGGGAAAUUGAUCAGAGUAUGAAGUAAACAUUGGACUUUACCCUGAAAUUUAAAGACUUCUAUCUCUCUCAGACUGCUCACAGUGGGUAAAAUGAACAAUAUGUCCCCUGAAGUCGCACUGCACCGGAUCUCACCUGAGCUGCGUCCCCUGCUGUGCAGUGUGGUGAGGAAUGGCCGUGUGGGGCUUGAUUCCACAAACUGCCUCCGUGUCACAGAUCUCAAAACUGGAUGUACAUCUCUGACGCCUGGUCCCUGUUGUGAUCGCUUUAAACUCCAUAUUCCCUAUGCUGGAGAAACCCUUAAAUGGGAUAUCAUUUUCAAUGCACGCUAUCCAGAAUUGCCUCCAGAUUUUAUUUUUGGAGAAGAUGCUGAGUUUCUCCCUGAACCCUCUGAACUACCACACUUGGUCCACUGGGAUGCUGGGAAUCCUGAAUGUCUGCUCCAGCUGGUGAAGGAGCUCAUCCAGCAGUACCAUCACUACCAGUGCCUGCGUCUGCGUGAGAGCUCCAGACUGCUCUUUGAGUAUGACAGCCUGCUGGAAGACCCCAACUACGGCCGCAACAUGGAGAUUUAUGCUGGACGCAAGAACAGCUGGACAGGAGAGUUUUCUGCUCGUUUCCUUCUUAAACUCCCCGUGGACUUCAGCAACAUCCCCAUCUAUCUCCUUAAGGACACAGCACUGGACCCUGGAGAAGAUGUGGCCCUUCUCUCAGUGAGCUUUGAGGAUGCUGAGGCAACCCAAGUCUUUCCUAAACUGUACCUGUCCCCCAGCAUCGAACAUGCUCUGGGAGGCUCCUCAGCAUUACAUAUACCAGCAUUUCCCAGUGGAGGAUGCUUAAUUGAUUACGUCCCUCAAGUGUGUCAGUUACUCACCAACAAGGUGCAGUAUGUCAUCCAAGGCUAUCACAAGAGGCGAGAAUACAUCGCUGCUUUUCUCAGCCACUUUGGAACGGGGGUGGUGGAGUAUGAUGCUGAGGGAUUCACGAAACUCACCCUUCUACUCAUGUGGAAAGAUUUCUGCUUCUUAGUGCACGUGGACCUCCCGCUGUACUUCCCCAGAGACCAGCCCACCCUCACCUUCCAGUCUGUGUACCACUUCACUAACAGCGGUCAGCUCUACUCUCAGGUGCAGAAGUCAUAUCCUUACAGCCCACGCUGGGAUGGCAACGAGAUGGCAAAGAGGGCAAAGGCGUACUUCAAGAGCUUCAUCCCUCAGUUCCAGGAGGGAGCCUUUGCCAAUGGGAAGCUCUAGCACUGACUGGCUUGAUGACAUGCCUGGAGAGUCGCCUGUGGGAGUGUGUGUGCGUGUGUGACUGUGUACCUGUAGUAUGCACAGACUUGCUGCAGCAGCAGAGUGAUAAUGACAAUAUUCUUCUCAGUCAGUACCUUCGCUUUUUAUUGUAGCCGAUCUCCUGUUUAGUUGGCCAAAAACUGGCUGUGCUGAUGAUUCAAUCCAAUUAAAGGCCUUUAUUUUGAAAACAAAUGCCAAACUGACUGGAAAUAAUCUGACAAGCUUGUACUUGUACAAACCGUUCCACCCAUUUAAAUAAACAUUAUUUGUUGCAUUGUGCCACUGACACCAGAUGUGAACAUGUGUAUACACGAGUAUCUUUGUCUUCUGAUCGUUUGCCACGUGUUUGUCUAAUUUGGCCUCAAUAUUGAUGUUUAAAUGAUCUGUGACUUGCCUUUUAACUGUUUAAAUGCUUUUUGAUUUCUGUGACAAAGUCUUUGUCUGACAUGUUGGCAGUAUAAAACAAGUUCCUCCUGA